AUGAAUCCCAUGAUCCCCUCUCCACAUGCGCUACAGCCAUCUGCGCUCGCCAAACUCUCGCUGCGCGACAAGCUCCUGCUCGCACAAGCCGUACACGAGAUCGGCACCUCUCCACCAGACUGGGGCCGCGUCUCGGCACUCCUACUUGCGCAUCCUCUCAUCCGACAACAGUCGCGCCUCGAACAAGCCGCCAAUGCAGGUCUCACACUAGGCCGCAUCUUCGGUACGCGCGAAUGCGAAAGGGCCUGGAUCGCACUCAUGCGUCAACGUGGUCUGGUUCUCGGGAAAGAUGAGAUCCCUCCAGAAUCCACCGCUUCUGGCACUCCAAAACCCAAAGAACCACGUGGUCUGCAGCCGAGAACCGAUCGUAAAUCGCAACUGGCACUCGCACAACUGCUCUAUGCGGAACGAAUGGAGGAGUUGAAGGAGCAGAUCAAGGAGAAGGAGGAACAGUUCAAGAGCUUGGUCAAGGAAAUCGAUGAGAUCAGAUCGGGCAAAGCCGAUGCGCGCUUGGAGAUGGAGUUGAGGAUCGAGAUGGAGAAUUUGGCUAACGGUCCACCGCUUCCACCAUCCACCCCGGGGAGCACCGCGGCGUCUGUAGUAGGACCGACGACACCUGCUUCCACUGCCUCCACCACGCCCAAGAGUGCCAAGGCGAAAGGAAGACCGCGAGGCGAGAGCUGCUCAGAUCUGUCCAAACCUUCGCCCGUGCGAUCUGACAUUGCCGGAAUUGGAUCUGCGCCUAACAGCGCAAGCAACAAAGCAAAGAAGCUUGGCGACAGGAGAGCGAGCAUCGACGAUUCUCCCUCCAAACAAAAGCCAGGUCUUACUACGCUUCCUGUACUUCCGGCAGUAACGCUUCCCAGACCGCCUUCAGACACAGCACCAGCUCCGACAGCGGCGGCCUCUGCUACUUCAGCUACGAGUGCUCUCAAUGGCGAGACAAGCAGCACCACCGGUGCAGUGAGCAAGGUGGCAGAUGCAAUGACCACCGAAGAAGCGGAGCAAGCUGUCGCUACUGCGGCAACGGAAGCGGCGAUCAAGGUGCUGCAAGAUCCGGCGGCAGCAAGCAAGGCGCUCGGUGCAGAAGUGGAGAAAGCAGCGGAACAGCUGGUCGAGACACAGACCAACAUGGAGCUCUCGGCGCAGGCAGAGGGAGGGUCGAUGGCGGUUGCUGCAACGCCAGCGGUAGAAAUACCAGCAGAUUCAGCCAAGAAUUCCUCCACACAGCCAUCAGCACGACCCACCGAAGCACCGCCAGCAGAGGUGGUGGUCAAGGAGAAACAGCCUGGAGAAGCGGCUUCAUCAACUGCGCAGAAGAAUGUACCCACUCCAGACGCUGCUACGGCAGCUGCCGAGUCAACGGCCAGUACAGCUACGACUUCCCCAGCUGCGGCUGCCGCUACUGUGAGCAACAAGCGCAAACGCGACGACCAAAACGAAGAGUUACAAGAACACGCUACCGCAGCUCCAGACGCGAUGGACAAAGCAACGCACGUCGAAUCCGAAUCGCCAGUCAAAAAGGCCCGCACAGCACAAGCUGAGAAGGUCUCAUCGUCGGAUGCAGAAAUAGAUAGCGAGGACGAAGCCGAAGCAGCGGUUGGGGCGGACGAUGCCAUGGGCACGACGGCGGAGAGCGAGAAGGGCAAGGCGAUUGCUGACGAAGCGAGUCAGAAAGCGGAGGAGGACAAGGCCGAUGCUGUGGAUGUGGAGAAGGAAGCAGAGGAGCAGAAAUCGAAGGCGACAUCGAUCGAAGAGGACGACAGCGACAGCGACAGUGAUAGUGACAGCGAUGAUAGCGACAGUGAUAGUGACAGCUCGGAUGAGGAUGAGGGCGAAGCGGAAGAGGUCAAGUCGGUCGAAUCUCCUAGCAAGCAGCUGCCCUUGAAGGAGCAAGACGAAUCUAAGCAUGCUGCUGAUGACAUUAAGCCAGAAGCUGGAGCUGAAGCUGGAGCUGCGGUCGAGACAGCGGCCAAAGAAGAAGCAGACGCUGAAAAGCACGAUGAUGACGACGACGGAGCCGAUUCAGACGCCGAGUCGUCGUCGUCACGCAAACCGUCUUCGCGACGUACACCUGUGCGUCGACGGGCGUCUUGCACGCGACGGGCGAAACGCACGCCUCCUCCACCGACUCGCGAAGCUGCGGCAGCCAAGCGCAAAACCGCACACCUGCUAUCCAUGCUGCUCACAGAGGUAUCCAACCAUACACACGGAAACCUCUUCCAUGCCCCCAUCAAGGAACAGGACGCGCCUGACUACUACACGCUCAUCAAGAACCCGCUCGACAUCAAGACCAUCAAAGCUCGUAUCAAGGAAGGCUCGAUCGCCAGCGCCAAGGAGCUGCAAAAGGCGUUGGCGGGCAUGUUUGCCAACAGCCUCAUCUACAAUCGACCAGGCACAGAGGUUCACAGGAUGGCGAGUGAGAUGUUUGCGGCGAGCGAGGAUAUUUUCCGGCGGUAUGAGGGCACACAGCGGUUCUAA